AUGCUCAAGCUCAAGCUGGGCCGGCAGAACUCGCAGGCCUUCCAGGACGGUCAGAAUGCACAGGCACAGGCAAAGGCGCAAGCCCAAGCACAACAGCAACAGACUGCUCCGUCGCCUGCCUCGUCCAGCGUGCCCACACCAGCCACCGGCAGCUUUAAGCUCAAACUGAAUCUAUCGCAACCACCGACACCCAUCGAACAGUCGGCCUCCGCCUCGGCCUCCGCCUCUUCUUUCCCCGCAACAUUUCCCAGCUCCACGGGCGAGAAGAAGAAGCGCACGAAGAAGGCCGAUGGCACUGGCAUCGGCAGGGGCAAGAAGCGCGCCGCCGACCCCGACGACGGCGACAGUCAACCCGCUCCAAAGCGUAUCGCCAGCGGCCCUGCUCCUCCCGCUCCCUCUCGCAAGAUCUCUCUCAAGCCGCCUCAGACGCCGGCUCUACAACGACCCAGCGCACCCAAGAUCAGUAUCCAGACCAGAAAAAAGUCACAGCCCAAGCUGGUCGAAAUACGCGCUCGUGGCAAGAUUCCAACGCGUGACAAGGGAGUUGGCUAUGAUUCAGAGGACUCGGAUACGGAGAAAGAUCCGGCCAUCCAGCAGGCACUGGUGCUACGCAUGGAAGAUGGCGAAGACGCUCAAUAUUUGAGGCAGGCCAUUGCAGAAGGCAAAAUCGGCCAGAAUGUCCAAGAGGGAGACGCCGAUGUCAAGAUCAGGUUCAUCGAAAAGGGCUUUCGUCGUGCCGUCAUCACUAUCCGUCAGAGGAUGUACGCUGCCGUGCUCGUGGAUCUACCUUGCAUUGUCGAGUCCAUGAAGAGUUUUGACAGGAAAGGUUGGUGGAAAGUAGCAGAUAUCGCACAGAUGCUGCUCGUUCUGGGUCAGUGUCGCAACGACGAGGAGGCCAGGGCGAUGCCUCUACCGAGAGAAGUCAAUAAGGACAACUACCAAUAUGCUCAUGGCCUUACACCACCCAUGCACUGGGCGCGGAAACGACGAUUUCGAAAGCGACUCAAUUACAACGAGAACAUGAACAUUGAGGAGGAAGUGGAAAGGCUCAUUGCUGCAGACAAAGAACGCGAGAGGCUAGGAGGCAGAACGGAGAUGCAUAGAGGAGACGGACGAGAGCAACGUCAAGCCUCAGAGCCACGAUCUGAGUUGGAGUAUGUGGAUGAAGAAGAUGGAGAAGGCGCUCUGGAGACCAUCGAAGGCGACGGUCAACAGUAUGAAUUCAAUCUCGACGCUGAAGGUGAUGAAGAUGCCGAAGGAGACGAGGAUCUCGAAGCCAAGAUGCAAGCCAUGUUUGACGAAGAUGUGGAGGAAGGAGAUGUUUCGCAGCUUGUCAGUGAUUCGCCGGCUCCCAUGGCUGACCAGGCUGCAUCGAUGGCUGCGGUAGAAAACGCCAUGGCUGAAGAUACCGAUGCCACACCUGCAGCGACGCCUAUGGCCGACACACAAGACGAGCAAUCCGAUGACGAAGAAUCAGACGAAGACGACGAAGAUUCUCCAGACGUCAUCGACGAGGAUGCGGCGGCCAAGGCAGCAGAGCGUGCACAGCAGCUCGAAGAAGUUGCGGACCUGGAGAAAGAGGUCGAGAGAGCAAGGCAGAAAUCGAACGCUAUGACCAAUCAGUUGUUGCGUCAGCGUGAGAUGCAACGUCUGAAUGGGUUGCUGGAGGAGCUUGCCACAAAGAAGCGUGUCUUCGGCCUGGAGGAUGACGACGAUGAGUAA